CUUUCAUAUCUUCGUUUACAUUGUAUACCAGCAAAAUCGUCCCGAGGAGCCAAGGAGGCGAUUCCGGUCGUCCAUGGCGAUCCUCUCCUCGAAGCGUGGAGUGUUUGGAUGCGCUUAUUGUCUGGUUCUGAUGUUGCUUUACUUGAGGAUAUGCGUUUCUUCCAGAUCCGAUCAGGAAACCAGGGAAAGGUUUUACGGGAAUAUUGUAAAUAUGUCGGCGCCGGAGUCUGGAGAAGCCAGUAUAGCUAAAAUCUUCGAUAAGGUUCUUGAAAAAGAGUUCCCCGAGAAUGAUCAGCCGGAAGCAUCUGAUGGAAGCAGCUUCAACAGUACUGUAGCUGAUCAGCAAGCUGUGCUGGAGACUGUAGCUAAAAUCACUCACGAGAAGGGAAAGAAAAAUGACACCCAAGAGGCAAAUGGCACAAGAUCAUUCCAGCUACAAGAUGUCUUUUCCCUGGAAAAUGAAGAUUCUAAUGAUAUGACUACCCUGAUUGAUAAAAAGGAUAAUGUCUUUGUAAUGUCGAAUAAGAAAUCCAAGUAUCCAGUACUCCAAGUGGAUUUGAGAUUAAUUUCAGAUUUGGUGGUAGUCAUUGUUUUUGCUGCCAUUGGUGGUAUUGUCUUUUCAUGUUUGGGACAACCGGUUAUUGUGGGCUAUCUUCUAGCGGGUUCCAUUAUAGGACCAGGGGGCUUGAAUUUCAUCAGUGAAAUGGUGCAGGUUGAGACUUUUGCUCAGUUUGGUGUUGUCUUCCUUCUUUUUGCCCUAGGGCUAGAGUUUUCUUUGACAAAGCUAAAAGUUGUGGGACCAGUGGCUGUUUUUGGAGGACUACUUCAAAUUGUGAUGUUCAUGUUCUUGAGUGGUCUUACUGCCAUGUUUUGUGGAGCAAAGUUGUCUGAGGGUGUAUUUGUUGGCUCUUUCCUGUCAAUGUCAUCAACUGCAGUAGUGGUGAAGUUUUUGGUGGAACGGAAUUACAACAAUUCUCUUCAUGGUCAAGUUACCAUUGGGACACUAAUUUUUCAGGAUUGUGCUGUUGGUUUGCUAUUUGCUUUGCUCCCAGUUUUGGGUGGGAACAGUGGCCUACUUCAAGGAGUGAUUUCUAUGGGAAAGUUGUUGGUGGUCUUAUCCAUAUAUCUGACCGUUGCAUCUGUACUAUCUUGGUCAUUUGUUCCUCGCUUCCUAAAGCUAAUGAUGCAGAUAUCAUCUCAAACAAAUGAGCUUUAUCAGCUUGCUGCUGUGGCUUUCUGCCUGCUGUCUGCUUGGUGCAGUGAUAAGCUGGGUCUCAGCCUUGAGCUGGGUUCAUUUGUAGCUGGAGUUAUGAUAUCUACCACUGACUUUGCAAAACAUACUUUAGACCAGGUGGAACCAAUCCGUAACCUGUUUGCCGCCCUUUUUCUUUCUAGUAUUGGGAUGCUUAUACAUGUGCAUUUUCUGUGGAAUCAUGUGGAUAUUCUGCUAGCAGCUGUUAUUCUAGUUAUUGUUGUGAAAACAGCUGUUGCUGUUGUGGUCGUGAAAGCCUUUGGAUAUAGUCUUAGGACAUCAUUCCAUGUGGGAGUGUUGCUUGCUCAAAUAGGAGAAUUUGCUUUUGUUCUCCUAAGUCGUGCCUCAAAUCUUCACCUUGUGGAGGGAAAGAUGUAUCUUCUUCUUCUGGGGACAACAGCUCUUAGUCUGGUAACAACACCUCUCUUAUUCAAGUUGAUACCUAACGUAAUGAACUUGGGUGUUCUUCUGCGAUGGUUUUCUGCAGAAAACAACUCCCAGAAUGAGGAGAAAACAUCCAUAAUCGAAGCACACAACCGGUUAUUAUGAUAUUGCACCUUAAUACAGUGGUAAGUCUACUUUUCUGACACCAUUAGCUAUGGAUACACUUAAGAGCUCAUUAUCUAGGAAAAUUGGGGCUUUACCCCUUUGCAGAUACUACAAUUUAGGUAUUAGAUAGGAUGUCAAGAUAUCUGAGUUACGGUCAACUAUAACAGUUAAAUGUACAUACAUUUAUGAUAUAUUCUUCCUGUAUAUAAUAAUUUUUGUACCUAGGCCACUCCAUGUUGUAAUCCAAACAAGCUGGAAUUUUCCAUCACGGAAGCUGAGACACUGUAUUUUUUCUUGAUGGAACUGACAGUAUUUGAGGGCUUUAAAUUGAACAUAUAAUUUUGAACUUCACUUCCCAGAACUUUGGCAGAGGAAUUAUUUCUGCGUGGAAUAAACUUAACCAACACGU